AUGCAACUUUUGCUGUUAGUUAUUGGUUUUGGAACGGUUUUGGCCGGAUAUGUCCAUCCUGAGCAGAUUCAUCUUUCUUGGACAGAAGAAAUCAACCAAAUGAGGGUUACCUGGGUAACUUAUCUGAAUGUCCCAGCACAAGCUGCUUAUAGGCCAAUUUUAUGCGGGAAUGUUCCAACACCUUCGAACUUCACACUUAUCAAUGGUGAGACCAAGAAAUUCCAUGAAGGGAGCCACUUUUGGGAGUACCAGCACAUCCAUACGGCAGUUUUUAAUAACCUUGAUUCUAAUUGCUGGUAUGAAUAUAAGGUCAAGAAUUUGGGAGUUUGAAGCAAAACUUAUAUGUUCAAUGGAAGAACGCCAGAUACAAAUGCAACGUUUAGAGAUGUGAAUAAUCCGUUUAGCUUGGUGAUAUUUGGAGACUGGGGAACUGGCCCAAAUGGACAAUACACUAAGCAUUUACUUGGAGAGGAAACAUUGACAAGGGACUACUUAGGGAUCCUUCACAUGGGAGAUAUUGGAUACAAUUUAGAUAGCGACGAUGGUAAAGUUGGAGAUACUUAUCUUAACAUGGUCGAGUCUAUUGCCGCAACUUAUCCUUAUAUGACUCUUCCUGGUAAUCACGAAAAGGCUAACAACUUCACUCACUAUAAAGCAAGAUUCAACAUGCCAAACAACGGCGCAAACCAAGGCACAAACUAUUUCUACUCCUUCAACCUUGGUCCUGCCCAUUUCAUAAUGUACAAUACAAACCCAUAUUUCGAUGAUAUGAAUACAACAGCAGACGCUGAUCUCGAAACUCAAUGGAUUGCUAAUGAUUUAGCUUUAGCCAAUAAGCAAAGAGAUAUAAGACCAUGGAUCAUUACAUUAGCCCAUCACCCUCUAUAUUGUUCUCAAGACUGGUCUAAUGAAGACAGUAUAGAAGAUUGCGGAGAGCAGCCAGCUGUUCUUAAGCCAAUUUUUGAAGAUUUAUUUUAUAGCAACAGCGUUGAUCUUGCGCUUCAAGCACAUGUCCACAUUUAUGAAAGAGACGCUCCAAUAUAUAAAAAUGAAACGAUUCCAAGUCAGUAUGAUAGCCAGAAUAUGCAUAUAAACCCUAAUGCUCCAGUUUAUAUUGUGGGAGGGGCUGCAGGAAAUCGCCUUGGGACUAAUGUACCAGCUUCUAAAACUCCUCAACCGUGGGCUAGGUUUUUAAGCAAUGACUAUGGGUAUGGAAGAUUGACGGUAUUUAAUAAAACCCAUAUGCUUUGGGAACAAUUCAGUGUUCUUCAGCUCACUGAGAUUGAUUAUGUUUGGAUUAUCAAAGAUCAGGCGAGAUACAAGCCAGUUCUUUUAAACUAA